CGCCUACGCAGUAGGUCGGCCGAUGCUCCGCUCUCUAGUCGCGUAGUAACUCUUUCACAUUUUCGUUUCAAUUUUCGAUUUAGGGUAACGGCAGCUGCUUAAACUAGAACUUAAAAUGUAGAUAACCCGCUUUCGUGCUUAGUCAUUCGGAGACCCUCGAGCAGUCGAGUGAAAACCUAAAAUACCGAAUCGUGUGUGUGUGGUGUUGAACUUUGUAUUUUUUACGCGGUAAACAUUGGUUUUGUAUUGAACAAGUAGAUUCAGCAAUGCCAGUUCGAAGAGGACACGUCGCUCCACGGACUACAAUCAUCGAGACAAUUAUACGAAAAUUUGACACUCAUAACCGGAGCUUCCUGGUGGCGAACGCGCAGCGGGGGCUAUGCCACAUCAUCUACUGCUCUGACGGCUUCUGCCGCAUGACGGGCUUCAGCAGGGCGGAGGUGAUGCAGCGGCCCGCGUCCUGCGAGUUCCUGCACGGGCCGCUCACCUCGCAGCACGCCGCCCAGGUCGUCCGCGACGCGCUCGCCGUCGGCGCCGAGAAGCACUUCGAGAUCCUCUACUACCGCAAAGACGGCACCAAGUUCCUAUGCAGCCAGGUGAUAGCGCCUAUCAAGAGCGAAGUAGAUGACAUUUGCCUUUACAUUAUUAACUUCGAAGACCUGACUGCCCCACCAGCAGCUGAGGAGGACGUCGUACUGGCCGCCAACACCAAACUCAGCAAGCUGGACCGCGCGCGACAGUCGUUCCGGCAGUCACUGCGGAUGGGGUCGCUACGUGGCCGCGGCCUUCGCCUCGCCGGCUACCUCACGCCGCCCAGCGACGUCACUGCCGAAGACGCUGACGGCGACGAAGAUCACGACCACGAGGCCACCAGGCCGAGUAUAGGUCGGAAAGAGAAGGAGAAGGAGAAGGAGAAAGCGAAGGAGGAGGAGAAAGAGAAAGAGAAGGACAAAGAACGACCGCUGGGCGAGACGCCGGCCGCGCCCAUCGCAUCACCGGAAGCCAUGUCGGAGGAAGCGGUACCAAGCGUGCCGCACGCUACGUCCCUAGACGCCAUCACACGACGCCCUCGCCUGCCGGAGCCGCAGCAGCCACCCGCCAGGAGCGCCACCGUCGCAGGCCCCACAAGAAACCAUGUCUCUAAAGCAUUCCCAAUCACUUCAUCUGAAUCAGAUCUCCAGCGCGUUCGGACGACCACGUCGAUAUGGGAACGAGGUAGUCAUGAUAGGAAAUCACCUUCACUCAGCAAUGUUCCCUCCGACAGUCUGAAGCACAAGUUCUCCAUUCAAGAUAAUGGAUCAGCAAAAUUCUUCCAAGGUGCUCUGCACACUCCAAACAUGGGUGAGAAAGUGGCACAGAUUAAUUUCUCCAGAAUGCUUCAUCAUCAGAAUACAUCUUGGGAGUUACUGUACAAGAGUCAUUAUUGUGUGUAGUUAUGUUGUUAUGUCUGCAUUGAUGAAAUUGUUAGUACAUUUGUUGAAGGUAGUUGAAGUCUAUGUGACACUAAGGUAAUACAUUUCAAAUGUGGAAAUAAAAUAUUUAAAUAUAAAGUAGUUUUUCAUUUAUUUCAUUUAUGAGAUUUAUAGUGAGUUAAAUAAAUGAUAGAGUGCAUAAUAUAUACAUAUGCAUGCAUUGCACUUAUUAUGAGAGACACUUUAGGUACUUCAUUGUGAAAAGGAAAUGUAAGAUUGGUAUAUUAUUGCUGCUGUUCAUGAUACUGAAACUGCAAGUCUCAGUGGGUACUUAGGCUCAUAAUUUAAAAUUAAGUGCUUAGCAUGUCUGGGCACUGUCACUAAGUUUGUACCUGACUUGUGUAAGGCUUUGCAGAAAUCACUUUGUGUGUGUGUGUGUGUGUGUGUGUGUGUGUGUGUGUGAGAGAGAGAGAGAGAGAGAGAGAGAGAGAUACAACAUAUAUGAGUAUUUCUGGCUAUACUGAUGCAGUAUGCUACAGUUACAUUCAAACAGUUUUAUAGAUUGUGUUCUCAUUUUUUUACCCUGGAAAUAAUUGUAAACAUACUUGAAAAUAAUGUUCCUGACAUUACUCAUUUAUUUGUACUGUAGUUAUAGA